CGGAGGGGCAUGAAAUCAUCUGUUGACACUGAAGGAUCUCCAGCGCUCGGUGCUCGGUGAGGACGAGUCGCCACUAUGCGAUGUGUGUAGGGGACCGGUGCCGGUGUUGGGGCCCCGGGCGGGAUGCUGCUGACCGUCGGUCAGUAUGACUCUGCUGGACUUGUGGCUGUCGCACUCCAUCCCCAUGUGCCUGCUCCUCCAGAGCCUUGUCCUCAUGGCCCUGUGCUUCCCCUCGGCCAGCAUGUGUCCAAAGGGCUGCAUGUGCCAGCGUGACCUGCACCUCCAUGGCUUCAAUGUGACCUGUAGUCAGGCCCGGCUCAAAGAGAUUCCCCCGGGCCUCCCGGCUGAUACCGUUCUCCUCAGGCUGGACCACAACCAGAUAGGAGCUGUGCCUGACCAAGCCUUCCAUGGACUCCGGCUUUUGCGGGAGCUCAACCUGUCUUAUAAUGCUGUGGAGACUUUGGGUGAAGGUUCCUUCAGUGGUGUGGAGGGAACGUUGCAGGUGCUGGACCUUUCACACAACCGCAUCACGAGCGUGCACAAGGAUGCCUUUGCUCGACUCAAGGCCCGCGUGAUUGUGGAUGAUAACCCCUGGCAUUGUGACUGCACCCUGCAGCAGGCGAUCGGGGGAAUGGCCCACAACCACGAGGCUGCUGCUCGGGUACUGUGCAGGAGCUCAGAGGUUCACGACCAGGAGGGACGGCCCUUCUUAGCAGUGGACACUGACCUGUGUAACCUGGCCAAAAGGACCACAGACUAUGCUAUGCUGGUGACCAUGUUUGGAUGGUUUGCCAUGGUCAUUUCAUAUGUGGUGUAUUAUGUUCGUCAGAACCAGGAGGACGCACGGCGCCACCUGGAGUACCUCAAGUCUCUCCCUAGCAAGCCGAAGAAGCCUGACGAGGCUGAUGACAUCAGCACUGUUGUCUGACAGCACUGAGACGUGACGCAGACUUUUACGACCCACAGUGUUUGUGACCCCACAUUUCUAGUGUUUAUGAAUUCACUCUUUUAGGUGAGGUGAGCAUCUAAACUCAUGAGGAAUCUUUGUAUUGUGUAAAUUUUGGCUGUGCACAGAUUUGUUCUCGACUGAAUCUGACAUGAGAUAAGAAACCAC